AUGGAACCGAUAAUUAAUGAUAGUAAAAAUCAAACCGAUGGUGAAAAACGUUACAUUGAACGACGUAGCAAUGCUAGACAUCAUAACGAGACUGAUAUUGAUGAUGGUGCUACAUGGAGUAUUAGUAGUAAUGAAGGUAUGAGUCGAUCUAGCCACGAUGAUGGACACAGUUUUCAAACUAAAAUAGAUGUUUCAACUCAUUCCGACGAUCAAAAAUUUACAGAAAUCGAUAAACUCUCUCGUAACAAUACAAGUUAUCAUGAAUAUCUAGAAUUAGUUAAUUCUCUGAUAAAAAAUAGUAAUACACAAGAAUAUUUCUACGAUGGUGUUGAAGAAAUCUUGUCGAUUUCUGAUAGUGAACAAACUAUGAUAAGUAAUGAAGACGAUGAACGUUUAUUUAAUGAUGAAGAGCGAAUAUCAUUUACUCGUGAACAACUUGUUGAAUAUCAACAAUUAACUAAAUUACUUCGUUUCAUUAAAAAUGGUGGUCGAUGUACAACUAUUUUAUCAUUAGCAUUAUUACAUGAUCAUAAUUUACAGGAUCGAAGUGCAUUUUCGGCAUUCAAAGAUUCAUCAACAAUGAGUAUUUUGCUUAAUUUUAUUGAAAUGUACGAUCGAGAUCUUAAAUUAAAUGCUCUAUAUGUUCUUGAAGAUGCAUGUCACAAUUCUUCAUUUGCUUAUGAAAUAUUUCGUUUAGGUGGAAUAAUAACAAUUAUAAAUAGUAUGUGUUUAGACCAUAUCGGUAUACAAGAAAGUUGUUCAAUUUUACUGAAACUUCUUUUAUUUCGUCGAGCAAGAAGGGUUAUAAGACGUUUUGGUGGAAUCAAUGAAUUAAGUGAAAAUUUAGUUGAAAAUAAUCAAGCAAUCUUACAUAUAUUUCAAGUGUUUUUAUUAUCAUGUAAAUCAGAAAAGAAUAAGUAUGUUUGUAUUCGAUAUGGAAUCGGAAAAAUUCUACCAAACAUUAUUUUAAAUAUUUCAAAUGAAUCCUCAACAUCAAUUAUUUCCUUAUUUGAAAUUCUUCUUCAAAUACCCAUAUUUCGUUUACAAAUGAUUGACAAAAAUAUAAUAAUAUCUUUAAUAAAUUUAAUUGAUUUAACAAAUAUUGAAUUCAAUCGUGUCAUAUGUGAAUCUCUUUAUUAUCUAUCACUUGAUUUGAAUCUAUUACAAUUUAUUUAUCAAUAUGGUUUUAAAAAAUUAAAAAAAUUAUUAGAACAUACUCAAGACCCAUCAAUAUUUUGUUCAAUAAUAAAUAUUUUAACAGAAUUUAUUCGCAAUAAUGAAAAUAUAUCAAAUGAUAUUAUAUUGAAUAUGAUCAAUUUUUUGAAAAAUUCUUCAUAUUUUCUAUACUUAUCACGUAUUAUCAAAUCAUUAAGGGAAUUAACAAAGAUCCCUCAAACCAUUGAAUUGUUUAAGCAAGAAGAAAUUUUCUCACAGUUUAUUUUGUGUUUAAAAAAUGAAAAUAAUCCGGACAUUAAAUUGAAUAUUUUAUUUAUAUUGCAAAAGUGUGGAAACGACAACGAAGCAUCAAAAAUGAUUAUUGAUAAUGAUGGUUUACAAGAACUAUGGACAUUAUUUAAAUUAGCUUCAUCAUCUGUUAAAAUAGCUGCAGGCUGGGCAAUUAGAAAUUGUCUGGCAUCGGUUGAAGUAUGCUCAGUCAUUUUAUGUAAUUUAGACAGUGUUUAUUUGUUCUAUUUUGAGAAUCAUGGUGAAUUAAUACGUUCAUUUGAUGGCGUUUUUUAUUUAAUUUUAAACAUGUUGUCAACUGAAAAUAUUGAUGUGCUUGCAGUUACUCUAGCCAUUAUUGCUGAAAUUGUUAAAGACGAAUAUAAUCUAAAAAUUCUAACCGAUCUUGGAAUUGUUUCGAAGAUUUCGCAAUUAAAUUAUCUAGAUUGUGCUCAAUUGAGGAAACCAUUCUGUGAUGCUCUAGCUAAUCUAUCAGAUUUACCAAAAAAUCAAGAACAAUUAGGUAAUCGACGUAUUGCGAUAGCGUUGAAACAUUAUUUACAAGAACAAGAUCCAGAACUUAAUAAACCAUUAACUAAAGUGAUUUAUGAUCUUUCUCGUGUUCCAUCAAAUUGUGGUAUUUUACAUGAUGUUGGAAUAGCACCGAAUUUGCUUAAAUUGAUCGGUGAUGAUGAUCUGAUUGUUCAAGAAAAAGCAGCUAAUGCAAUAAGAAAUAUGCGUCGAUUACAAAAUGUGAAUAGAGAAAUAGAACAAAAUUUUGUGAAGAAUGUUUCUCAAAGUAAUAUUUAG